UACUCUGUAGUCUGUAAUGUAUGAAAUAUAUCCGCCACAUCCUCUUUGCGUGUGGUGCGGGUGCGGAUAUUUCAUCACGAAUGCUGAUGCGGAUGCUUAAUUUAUUAGAACUGCGGAUGCUGAUGCUUAAUUUAUCAGAACCGUGCAUGUGGAUGUUCAAAAUUCUGCGAAUGUUCCGCGGAUGAGGAUGCGGAUGCAGACAUCUGCUGCAUCUUUUGUCUGCUUCCUUCCUUCGCCAACCGGAACUUAUCUCUCUUCCUACUCCUCCUCCUCCUCCCUCCAUGUGGCUUUACCUGUGUUCAGUAUAUUUCCUUCGCCAACUAGUCUCACGCAGCCUUGCUUCCUGUGUGGCAGACGUGGACUGGAACGUUGGCGGCCUGGGUAUCGUGUGCUGUGGGGGGAGCGGUCGUGUGGAGCAGCAGAACGUGUUUACCUACGGUCUAUUGUACUCGUGGGUCCACCUGUGCGUCAGUCUGGAUCUAGAGGGAUGGAUCUACACAGUGGCCAUUGACUCGCAUGUGCAGCACGGCAAUAUCUCCAACCUGCUGGGGAAGGAGCUGCUGGUGCGUGGCGGCGGCAUCCUGGUGGUGGGGCAAGAGCAGGACCUGCACGGAGGCGGUUUCAACAUCGAGCAGACGUACGAGGGCUACGUGGCGGGCCUGAUCGUGUUCCCGCAGGUGCAGAGGAUCCAGCGCGUCAAGGAGUUUUUGUCGUGCAAGUUGAGAAGCGAGGCAGCCGUGGUGACUUUCUCCUCGCUGGAACAAGACUGGGAGCUGCACGGGGACUUGAAGACGAUUUCCUUCACACCGGAACAGCUGUGUGGGAAGCCGCCGCCCGUGCAUGUCAUGUUUCCUGAGCGCCGCACCCUGAAGGAGUCCCAGGAUCAGUGCCACAUGCUCAAGGGAUGGCUGAGUGCCCCGCAGAGCGAAAGCGAGAAUAUGGCCAUCGUGAAGGCCACGCAGGACCGCAUUGACAUGUGCUCCAUCAGCUGGGGCGUGUACCUGUGGCUUGGGGUGAAGGCAGUCUUCUCCAACAAGUCCUGGUCCUUCAUCAGCUUGGAGACCAACAAGUCCAUGACGUACACCAACUUCCGUAAGGGUUACUCCACGGCUGUCGCGUCCUAUAACUGUACCUACAUGGACUCCUUCGACACGGGCAAGUGGGCUGUGUAUCCGUGCACACUCAAGACUUGCUCUGUGUGCUCUUUCGACACGCCCUCAACCCUCAGGCUGCGCGGCCUUUGCGAGGACACAGUGCUGGACCGAAUAUACGUAAUUAAGGGUGUGAAGAACGGCAAGCCUUUUUUCAGCGGCAUCGGCAACACGGAGAUCUUCUGGGACAACACAACCUGGGCGAUGACGGACCUCCUGGAUCGAGGCGUCAGCGGCUCCAUGAUCUCCAGCUUGCAGCAGUACCCCCUGGGCCUCCGCACCUGGAACAUUGCAGGAGACAAGUGCCCCUUCGAAAACCCCAAGCUGCUACUGACUGCGUGCAGUGAGAAGCAAUACACGUGUCACGACGGCACGUGUAUUAACAAGCAGCAACGCUGCGACCGGGCUGUGAACUGCCCGGACCAGAGUGACGAACGUCUGUGUACCCCCGUGGUGCUGCCCGAGGACUACAUCAGGGAGGUUCCCCCGGCGAAGAUAGGGACAGAGCCGGCCUGGAUCAACUUCCACAUUACCAUCCUGUCAAUGCAGCCUCUCGACACGAACAACAUGAAAACCACCGUUGAUAUCAGACUUACACUCAGCUGGCGGGACCCUCGACUUGAUAUGGAGAGCUUGAACUAUGCGGAUACUCUUAACGUCAUUCACGAGGAGAACAUCUGGAGGCCUGAUCUGCUCUUCCAAGACGUGAUGGGCACCGAAGCUAUGUCCAAGCUCCAGUGGGAAACUUUCGUGUCAGUGAUGGAGUCUACGCCAUUGCCUGACGACAUCACGAGGGUCAGAGAGGAUGAAGUGUACCCAGGGGAGACCAACUCCCUCAAGCUAGAGCAGAACUACAGGGUGACAUUCACGUGUGACAUGCGCCUGCAGCUGUACCCGUUCGACACUCAGACCUGCACCUUCAUCAUUAGACUAAAGUCCUACACACGGGACCUGGUUGCUCUGCGGAGCUUCGGGACCAUCGUGGAGUACCGAGGCGCCAGGAAUUUGCGGGAAUAUAAGAUAGGUGAGGUGGAGCUUGUAGGUCACGAUUGGGAUAACUACAGUGGGCAGGAGAUCCGAUUCAACCUGGAUAACUUGUCGGGGUUCUAUGUGAGCAGCACCUACGUCCCGACCUUCCUCAUGGUGCUCAUCUGCUACUCUACCUUCUUCUUCGAGCUGGACGAUUUCAAUGAUCGCAUUAUGGUGUCUCUGACGGCGCUGCUGGUGCUGGCCACACUCUUCACGCAGAUUACGGAGACAACGCCCACCACUUCUUACCUCAAGCUGCUGGACGUGUGGUUCGUGGCUUGCAUCUUCAUCAACUUCUUCAUCGUUAUCGUCCUUGUGGUAAUCAACACGCAGAGGAUGAAGGAGAAUAACACCCCAGGCACCGUCAGUGUUGUCAUGCCCUUCGGUGCCAAGAAGUCCGCCGGCCAUCCCGCCCCUCCUGGCUUCUUUCCGCCGCCCCAGCAUCUCAUGAGGAGCGUCAAGAUAAAUACCUUUGCGCAGAUCAUCUUUCCCAUCAUCCUCUUCGUCCUUGUCAUGGCUUAUGUGGGUCUCUCGUACAGGGAUCCCAUGUAGUGAUGCUUCGAUGUUCAUUCAUUUUAUUAUCAUCGGAAUAGGUAAGCAAGUAUGUAUGUUCACGACGGGAGUGAAGCACGCGUGUA